CUGCAAUAUCGCUAGAGGUUUCACUGAAUUUAGGUAGGGCAAAUAACUAGACGUACCUUCCUGGUACGCUUCGGGGGCAAAUCAGGCUCGUUUGUUAUCGCCAGAGGUAUUUUGGCUCGACUGCGUACCAAAAUGGUACGAUUAGGUGAGAACUGGGUAAGAGAUCUAACAGAUCACGUAAGAAAGAAUACGUGUACGGUUGUGGCGAGCGCUAACAGAAGCGAGAAGAGCGAGAGAUUUGCAACAGGCUGUAUUUUAUUACAAAGCAAAAGGCAAAAAAGUUUAAGAACUUCAUUGGCUUCAGAGGGCGAAGUCCAACAUCAUAUCACAAUCUGCCGCUUCAAUUAAACAAUGGUCGAAAGUAAAAGUGAGGAUUCUGACACAACUGUGAAGAGAGCCGAGGUGAGUCUGUAUGUUUUAUUAUUUCAUCGUGCGAUCCUUUAAAAGUUUCAGGGGAUUACUUUAAAAAUCUUGCCCGUGCUAAAUAGGGCAUGUGUGGUGCUGAGGGUUUUUGGUAGAUUUUUUUAAAGAAAGCUCUUCGCAGGUAGGUCGAUUAUUGUAGUGGACAAACUCGUCAGAAAUACACCAUUUGUUUAUUAGCUGUUAGUUCAAUGUGGUUAACGAAAAAAUAAUGAAAAUUAUCUGUGAACAAGGAGCUCGUCCUUGUCACUUACUAUUUUUAAAUAGUAAGUGAAAAUAGUAAGUAAUAGUAAGUUAAUAAAAUAGGUAGUCAGGUUUGCAUUAAUAUGGCCAACUUUAAUUAAAGGAAAAGGAAAAGGAAAGUGGAAAGGGAGCAUGCCUGUAUGUGUCCUCAGUAAAAAUUUCAGAUUCAACAACAAUCAUCAUCAAGAAGCUGGAGUCAUUAGAAUUUACUGUUAUCAAGGAAUCAAGCAUUGCAUCAGCUUCACAGUUAUGUGCCUCCAUGAGGAUGGCUCUUAUUGUGUUGGAAGACUGUGAAGAAAACAAUUUCAUUGAGACUAUCAAGUAAGUAUCCCCUUUGUUUGUAAGUCCUUCCAUUCUUAAAGACUUCAUUGUGAGUGGUCAAAUAAAGUUCAAUCAAAUGCAUGAUAAUAUACACGAAAAAAUUAUGCACUUCUGUUUGGGCUGCAAACAAGUGAAUUUUUCAUGCAGCACAAGUGCAAAGUUGUAACACAAGCACAGAUUUUAAAUAGUGUGUUGUUAAAAUUGUGUAUAAGCACUUGUAAAAUUUUUCAAAGAAUACACGUGUACAAAUUGCACUUGCCUUAUGCACCCUUGCAAUUAUGUUGUCUUUGAAAAAUUUACUUGUGCUAAUAUCAACACCAAAUUGUAUUGAAAAGUUAUUACCUGAACAGGAUUCCUUUAAAAUGCUAUAUGUAUCACAUGCAACUACAUUAACUGAAUUAGCAUUGCAAAGAUUUCAUUUUGUGGAUUGUGGACAAUAAGUGACAAUAUAAACUUCAGGGUAAUUUUCACUGGCUUUUUGAAGCUUUUAGCUAUAAGUUCUCUCUGAACAUUUUGCUAAAUCUCUCUCCACCAAAAUUUGUCAUUAUGUAUUUUGCUUGCUUCCUAAAAAAUGCUGUAGAUUCUUUCUCCCUGCCAGGGCCUCAAUGGCUGUUUCAAUGAAUAAAUAUACUUGCUCAUCAUAACCUGUUUUGUUUCAACAGAUCACCAAAGGCAUGCAAUGAGUACACACCCAUCGUAUUUAUUUCCUCUGGACCCCUGUCAGGUAAACCUGUUCCUUUCUCCCAGUGGUUAUUGUAUAUCACCAUCAUGGUAACUGGCCAAAGCAGCUUCCUCUUAUUCUUUAUGAAGGGUAAUAAGACCAAUUAUAUAUUAAGUUCUUUGAGACAGAGCCAACCUCCUUGACCAGUGGUACAAGAAGAGGCUCUGUAGAAAUGUAGGCAUUGUUGAAACAAAUUUUGAGAAAAAGAGAGUGGUCUAAAAUCUAUUGUUUAUUGUACCUGUAAUGAUGAAGCUAUGUCAUUGAAGCUUUAAGGGCCAUUGAUUUUCCUUCUCCUUUCAUUUUUUCCUAACAUCUUUCUUGGGUUAAUACAGUAGUAAAUGAUAGAGAGGUGUGAUGUAUUGCAUGCCUAACAAAAAUAACAACCUUACAAAAUCAAGUGCAUGUACAUGUAGGCACAUCUUAUAUAUUUUGCCCCUUCUUACUAUUGGUUCAAAGAUUUACAAUGUGUUUUUGAACAUGUUUCUUGUGAUAUAGCUUGUAAAUAUAUACUGUUACAGAAGGCAAUGACAAAAAGUAAUUAUAGCCUUUUUAUAAAGGGUAACUCAGCGAUAAAUGUUCUACAUGUACAUGUAGUUAUUAACAACUCAAAGAUUGACUGGUUUGAACUGUUCUCAACAAUGAUUUGAUCUUUUUGUUAAUUCUUUUUUACUCUUGAUUGUAGCGUGCAAUUUUUCUUAGUAUUGAUUGACAGUUGCUGCAAUGCUGUUACAACUACAAAUUUACAACUUUUUCCUAGAUUCUGUCAGACACUUGAUGCAAGAGCAGUACAUUGAUGAGCUUGUGUUCAAAUGCUUGACACUGGAGUGUGAUUUGGGAAGUGCAGUAAAUCGUCUGAUAACGCAACCAGGACAAUUUGCAGGUACAUGUAUCUAUCAUGUAGAGUUUGGUCGAGUCAUGCUUACUUUUUUCACUGUAAAACGCCUUACAUUAUUUUUCAGAGUAUAUUCAGAGUGACAGGGAAUUUUGAGUGGUGUGUUAUGCAUUAAUCCCUCUUUGAAAAGAUUACGUUUCCAAAAGAGAAGACAAAACAAAAAAAAAGAGAUGGAAAAAAACCAGGAUAGUAGUCAAUCUAACAGUGAAUUACUUUUUAAAUUACCCAGCCAAUUGGUAUGUGCUUUGGCUUAAAAAUCAAUUCAUUUUUUACUGUUACUGAGCAAUGGAAUUAACUGCAAGCAAAUCAAACCACCAAACCAAAUUCUUUUUAAUAAUUAUUGGUAGCUCAUCUUGUGAAACAUGUUGGUUCUGGUUUUCAGUUUCUCCCUGGACGUACAACUCUUUUGUAGCAAAUGCUAAACAAAUAUCAUUGAGCAAUGAAGCUGUGUGCAUAUUGAAAAUGUUGUUGGGAGCCAUACACAAUUUGGUCCCUUUAAGAAAAUUGUAAGGUCACUUGAGGAUUUCUCAAAAUGUUCUUUCAGUUACAUAUUUAGAUUUGACUUCAAUUCAGCUCAUUUCCUACAUAUAUUCAUGUUAUUGUGACACACAAUAUAGCCCUUUUCAGUCUGGUGAAUACCUGCAAACCUUGUAAAACAAAAAAUAUAGUUGCCAAAUAAUGUGAUUUAUGUAGCUUUACAAGGGAGACAUUGUCUUAAAAAAUUCUUCAAAAUGUUGUUGCAGUUACUCCUAAAUCAAAGAGGCCUGGCAUUGUAAGAAAAAGGAAAUUUGAUAAAGCUUUUCUAUCAUCAAGGAACAAUGAUUGUGAAGGUAUGAUAUUUGAUUCAGUGCUAUCUAAUGGAACCAGCUGCAAAAGGAGCCGAUACAUUUAUAACUUGCAAGCCUUUGAAAACUGCAUACCACUUAUAAGUGGGCUAGUUGUGGCAACUUGUCUGCUUCACAGUAUGUGUUUAGCACUUGUUUUGUAAAGAUUUGAUAAUAUUUGAUACUGUAUUUUUGAAAAGUUUUGAAUUUUUGACAUUAACACUGCUUCAAAUGAAUGUAAACCAAAAGUUGGCCGCUGACAUACAGUAAUGUACAGUACUUACUUGCAGUAUAUGGGAUGAAGCAACUCAUCCAGCAGCCUAAAUGAAGCAGUUAUUAUGUAGUGUUAGUCAUACAGUCAUGCACUUGAGAAGAACUUUUGAGAUUACUCCAGCUAAUGGUUUUACAUGUAUGUGAUAGUCUGAUGCAAUGCAGAAUCCCUCUAAUUCCAUGUUUUAACCAGGUGCUGCAGCAGCAAUUCCUAAAGAAUGGCAAAUUCCAGCCUCAAAUUGGGGUCUACAUGUACCUUCAGUUUCAUCAUAUUUACAUGGCUAUGACAACACACAAAGUGCAUAUAAUCACAUUAAUCCACUCUUGAUGUCUUUAUCACCUAUGCAUCAGCAAGACUAUCAUGAGAAAAAGAGUGGUGUGCCUAUCCCAGCAAAACAGAUGUCAUGGGGUGGUUUGGACAACACACAGCUGCUGCCACACCAUCCAUAUCACUAUUAUCGUCAUGUUACAAAUGGGAAAAGUAAUGUUCAUAUAAAGAAGGACAGAGGUGGCACAGAGAGCACCAUUAUGUCUAGUGGGUAUAUGCAGCGUGAUAAGAGGCAACCUUCAGUGGUUACAAAAGAAGAGGGUAAGAAGCAGGCCACGGAGAAAACGCCACAAGAUAUUUCCUCCACGAAACAAAUAGAGGCAAAAAAAAGCUGUGAUGGAGCAAGCGUUAAUUCCAAUGACAAAAACAAUCAAUCUGGGAAAAAGACCCCAAAGACAAAAGCUGAUAAAAGUGAUAACAGAAACCAAGAAAAGAAUGUGAAUGAAGAAAGUUGCUCUCCAAGGUAUACUUUUUUUUUUCAAUUACUGAUACCAUACAUAACUAAACAGUUUUCCUAAGCUGCAAGACUGUAUAUACAGUGUACUACCAGAGCUUGGAGCUGACUUUUUAUCCUGUUGACCAACUCACUGAUGACCCCAUAUCUAACCCAGAUGAUUUUCAUUCACUGGAGCAGGUAUACAGUUGUAUGCUAACUUUGCAAGUAACAAUUCCCACAUUAAGUAAAUUACUCAAUGUUUGAGCUAAAUUGAAACUAGCUUCCUCACUAAAUUCAACAUCAUAAUAAUUCAGAUAUCUCAAGCUACCAGCCUCAAGACUGUAAAUUACUCACUUUCAUCAAUUACCAAAUUGAUAAAAUGCACCCUGCUAUGGAGGUAUAAGUAUAGCCCUGUAUACAACUGUAGAUAUCAAUAUACAGUACAACACUACCAAUGGUCUCCAUCUGGUUUGUUGUAACUGAAUUUUAAAAUUUCUUUGUUGUGGCGUGUAGGUGAUUUCUGCAAUCUCAACUGUGGUAUUUCUGUAGACUACAUGAUUAUACAUGUGCCUUGAGUUCUCUUUUCCAAUAAGAGCUGGAGACUCGAAACCACACAAAUGAGUCAUUGUUUACAUUGAAGAAGUCUGUAUGGAAAAUACUCAAUUGUAGAAAGCUUUGAAAUUUGCCUUUUAAUCAGUGGCUAUCAAUAAAACAGUGAAGUACAGUAAUCUUUUUCUGAUCAGUUAUUUUUAGUCUUAUUUUUAUUAUUAGUAAGAACCUGAUCUUGGUUGGUUGACUUAGUUGUCUUCAGAUGUUGUGAACUCCAAUAAUUUCAUCCCAGAAGCAAUAAGCUGACACAUUUUUGGUUAUUUAUUUGUUUAAAGUUCAGUAAACAAAGGUGAUACUACUGGACUGAAGAGAAAGAAACCAAGGUCUACAGGGUUGACUUCCCUUGAACGGAAAGAACAUCACUUGGACAAGGAAAAGAAAAGAAGGUCAGAAAAUUAACAGUUGCUCAAUAGAUCUGCCAUUGCAGUAUGUGUUUAGCACUUGAAAUACAGCAGCUCUAUCUUUUCAUUAAUUUUUUGUCUAAAAGGGAGACUGUAUGGGCUGUAAGUCUGAUUCUGAACUGGUUGUUGAUUGUACUUCACAUGUGGCUGUUAGUUCCUUAUCUAAAUUGCUGAGUUGUCCAAGUGUGAUGAGAGGUUCAUAGUUCCAGCUUAUAAUGUUCAGGCCAAUAAAAAAGAUGUAAUCAUGUUCUUGACUGCGUAAUAGGCAUCCAUUUCUAGGAGGCCUAGAGAGAUAUAGUCAAAUCCUUGUCUGCUUGGGAAAAUCUGUUGCAUUCCCAGCCAACCAAGCUCCUGUUGUUUGAUGGCUGGAUAAGGACAGUUUAAACUCAAAUAUUGCUUUCCAGUAGGCAAGCACAAGGAGAACAAACUACUGUAUGCUGUUUGGUUGCCAAUGAUUUAUCUAGUCGAUAAUUUUAUACAUCUUCAACCCUUUCACUCCCACCACAGACCAAGAAGGGUGAAUUUCUCUUGCAUGCAAUAUUUACAUUUAGAUCUUGAGGGUGAAAAGAUUAAAAUUCCAGGGACCAGGGAUACACUAUUGGAAAGUCAUCAUUUUAUUUUUACAAGCCUGAAGCCAGAAUUCAAUAUAAUCUAAAUCUGAGGAAUUAUUAGUGUGGUGCUUGUACAUGUAGCCGUAAAAUCAAUCCAUUUUUUUUUUAUAACAGCUUUUAAGCUGUCAUCAAUAACUUUAAUAGUUAUUUGAAACUUUUUAGAGAUGGACCCAGGAGUUUGAAUAAUUAUGAAAUAUCUACAAGUAAGUCGUUGUUUUUUCUCUGGUAAAAUAUAGAGAGCGAAUCACAAAGUCAUGGCACUGGUUGCGGCAGCUUGUGCCAAACUGUGAUCCAUAUGCAGACAAGGCCACUGUAUUUGAGAUGUGUGUUGCAUAUUUUCACCACUGCUGGAACAACCAUGGUCCCCUCUUACAACAGAUCAACAAGGUAGUACAAAUGUUAUAGUAUGGUCAAGUGAAAACAAGCUAAGUUACAUGUUGUUACGUUAAACAGUUUACAUGCAGAAAUCUUAAAAUUACAAUGUAUUCUCUCAGAGGAGACAAAUCCCAAAGAGGAGGGAAUUACCCAAGAAGGAACAAGGAUUGAAAAUUUAAAAUUUUGGCCAAGUUUUGAUACAAUCAUGUUGAUGGUCAAACCAUAAUGUACAUAAUACUGCACAGCAGCAAAAAAAUAAUAUGAAUUUUUUUCUGACUUAUUAUGAGGAAAUUAGAAAGGUUUUCAGCAAUGAUGUCCCUGCUUAGUCAUCAAGAGUGUAAGAGUGUGUUAGAAAUGAUUGCACUACAUUAAAUUUACCUAAACUCACUUGUUAAACAAUUUACUUCAAGGCUUUCUUGUGAUAAUUUGUUGUCACUGUCAUGGGCUGUUCUUUUUCUUGCAAGCUCAAUUUCAGCUUGCAAGCUCAAUUUCAGCUUGCAAACUCAAUUUCAGCUUGCAAGCUCAAUUUAUGCUUUCUAGCUCAACUACAGAAAAAUGGCUGACUAAAAUAUCAUAUUAUCACAGAAAACACCACUAAGCUGUAGAAUGUCAUAAAAUUUGGCCCAGCUUUUAGCAACACAUGUUCGCUGUGGAUUGUUGUCUAAAUAAUGAUGAGAAUUAAGUACCAAGCCAGUAUCUUCCUGGAACUAUUUUACUUUAAAAAUAUCACAACUCUCACAGACAUGCUCCCAUUGGGAGAGACCUUGUGGCAUUCUGAUCUUUUGGUCAUGCAUUAAGAAUUUCAAUCACUUUGAGACCUUGUGGUACUCUGAUCUUUUAGUUAUGCAUUAAGAAUUUGAUUCACAUUGACACUACACAUAAACUUCAACAAUUUUUUUUCUUUUAAAACAGGAUUUUUCAUCACUGAAUAAAGUCACCAUUUCCUUGGAAGACAUGGAGAAGAAAGUCAUGGAAGUUCUUUCAAAUGAAAGAAAAACAUUUGGAAUUAGGGAAGAGCAGUCAUGAAAGCUUGAAUGUUUAACCAGAAUUUACCUAAGUAAAUGUCCACUGUAAUUCACUUGCAUCAAAAAAGUCUCUACAUGUACAGAAAUCCACAAUUAUUUAUUACAGUACAUGUGACAAUACACAAACUUACUUGUUGGAUUUAGUGAUAGCACAAAGAAUUGUUUAACAAAAUGUUUUGUAAACAAAUAGUGAGGAAAUCAAACUACUUAAAAAUUGCAACAGUCUGGUAUUUACAGUUUGAAUAAUUUUUUUAAAUCCUAAUUACUUAUCCAAGAGCUUUUUGGCAAUAAUAAAGUUGAUAUGUUUCAUUUCUUCCUUUGCAUAGUUAUUAACUUUUAGACCCUACAGUUUAAUGAGUAAAGAUGUACAUCUAUUCUUUUCAAAGCUCUAUUCAAAAUACAUGCAACUGACUUUAUGUUAGAGGUCAUGAGAGAAAUACACACUUGUAAUAAAUAUAUCUUUAUUGAAUUU